GGGCCUUAUCCACCUGACAGGGAAGGAGAAGGAAGUUUGAGCAGCAGCGGUUCACGAGCCGUAGAUCGGUUUCGGUCUCGAUGAUCGAUGAUGGGUAAAAGCGUGAGUUCAUGAACGUGCGCGUGUGUGAGGAGCGUUCCAACAUGAAGUCGUUUCGUGUCGAAGUCGCUUAGAAAAGUUCAGUUCGCUUCACUGUGUGUGUGUGUGUGUGUGAGUGUGUGAGCGCGCGGAAAGUUUGCAUCGUGAAAUCAGGAAGUUCAGUAAAAUGUCUGCAGUUUUCAGCUGUGAAGCGACUGAGAACCUGGACUGAUUUUCCUGCCUCUGCUCUGACUCGGGUUCUUCAGCAGGAAUGUCGUACUGGUCCGUCGGCAUUCCCCGGGAAUCUGUAGCCACGCCCACAAACAUGGAGCAACAAAGUAGCCCUGGGGAGGAAAUGGGAGCCAAGGCAUCGCUGGUGGAUGAUCAGGGGCCCGCCCCUGGUCCCACUCCCACCCCCAGCCCCGCCCUCAUUCCUUCUCUCACACUAGAGAACAUCCACACUGCAUAUAAGGAGGGGGAGGAGCAUGUUGCCAGGGAGCUGAUCCAGAGAGCCUGCUGCAUGGAGUGUAGCACUGUGGCGCCCCCUAUCAGCGGGGUCCACCUCCUGUGUGCGGCCUGUCACCAUGGAGACGUGGACAGUGUGCGUUACCUUCUUAAAGAAGCUCACAUCACGUUACCUCAGGAGCCGUCCAGCAGUAACCCGGCCGUCAUGGCGGCUUCCUGUGGUCACAGCAGUGUGGUCAAAGAGCUGCUGGACUCUGUUCCAGGUCAGUGUCUGAGGCGGGACUUGUUGAACUGGAUGUUGGCGACGUCGUGUCGUCAAGGUAACCUGGACGUGGUUCGGCUGUUGGUUCAACGCUACGAUGCCGACAUACGUGACUGUGCCAUCCACACUGAUGACUUCGCUGUGGUCACCAGUCUGCCACUGUACGCUGCUGCUCAGGCUGGUCAUGAGGACAUCGCCUUGUUCCUUCUGGACAAUGGAGCAGGAUUGUCGUCUUACACACUCAUGGACCAUCCGACCUUCAGCAAACAUCUGCUCAGACUCAAACUACAGGACAUGAGUCACAGAGACGUGAAGGAGGCUGUCGGUGUGUGUUGGAGUGGUCUACAGCUGCCCUGGUUGGAUCUGGACUGGUUCAUGGAUAUCUCGUGUCGUCUCACAGAUGUGGACUUGUCGUGUAACGCUCUGUCCUCUCUGCCCUCUGUCCUUCCCUGGGGUUUGAUCCACCUGAAAACUCUGGAUCUGUCCAACAACCUGCUGAAGGAGCUUCCUCCUGCUCACAGCUCUCAGGAGGUCAUCUGCUCCAGAUUACAGCAGGUUAAUCUGUCUCAGAACCUGUUGACCAGUUUACCAGCAGGACUUCUUCACCUCACACACGUCCAGAGAAUCUGUGCUGCUAAGAACCACAUCAGUGUCCUGUUUGACGUCCCCGCCUCCACAAACUGGAUCGGCCUUCGUAAACUGGAGGAGCUGGACGUCUCUGACAAUCGUCUGGACAGUCUGUCUGUGAGCAUCAUGCACUGUCUCAAGUCCCUGACUGUCCUCAACGUGAGCGGGAACAGACUCAGCAGCUUCCCUGACCCCUGGGCCUGUCCACUGAAACAAUGCAAAGCUUCGUCCAACAUGAUGGAGACACUUCCAAACACCAUGUCCAUCUUCUGGAGAAACAAACUGCAGGACGUGGACUUUUCUGAGAACAGUCUGAGCGAGCUGCCGUCACACAUGUUUGAGCUGGAGGCUCUGCUGUCACUCAAACUGUGUGGGAAUCACCUCACAACUCUUCCAGCAGCAGGAAACUGGAGAUGUUCUCAGCUGAGGACAUUAGACCUGUCCAGGAACCAGCUGGGCAAAACAGAGGAAGUGUCCAGAUCUCGGAGGCUGGCCUUCCUGACCACAUGGAGCAGAAGAGACCCAGAACCAGGUCCAGUGUGUUCUGUAGAGUUUCCUUUGAUCCUCCGUGAUUCUCUUGAAGUUCUGUAUUUGAACGACAAUCAGCUGGACUGUGUCCCUCAGUCAGUGUGUGCUCUUCACAACCUCACUGAACUCUACCUGUCCAAUAAUCCUGGAAUCCGGGAGCUUCCAGCAGAGCUGGGUCAACUGUGUAACCUGUGGCAGCUGGACACUGAAGACCUGAACAUCUCCAACAUUCCACAAGAUGUGAGGAAAGAAGGUCCUGCCUCAGUCCUGGCCUUCCUCCGUGCUCAGCUUCGUAAAGCAGAGCCGUGUAAACUGCUGAAGAUGCUUGUGAUUGGUCCACCACGUCAGGGGAAAACUGCCCUGCUGGAGGUGCUGCAGAGCGGCCGGGCGUCGGCCUUUAGCCCGGCAGACUGCAGCAUCUCCACCUUCACCUGGGAGCUGGAAAAACCAGAGUGUGGCAAAAACAAUAAAGACUCGGUGGUCUUCCACGUGUGGGACGUGGGAGGACACGCCAGCAUGUCCACAGUCAACCAGUGUUUCUUCACUGAUAAAGCUCUGUACGUGCUCGUGUGGAACCUGGCGCUGGGAGAAGAGGCUGUGGUCAGUCUGCAAACAUGGCUGCUCAACAUAGAGGCUCGAGCUCCAAACUCCGCCGUGGUCGUCGUGGGAACACAUCUGGACCUGAUCGACACUAAGUUCCGCACAGAGAGACUGGCCACGCUGCGAGCUUACAUCCUGGCUCUGUGUCGAUCUCCAUCAGGAGCUCGAGCUUCAGGAUUCCCUGACGUCACCUGGAAACACCUGCAUGAAGUGUCCUGCAGGACAUUGGAGGGUCUGGACAGUCUGAAAAAGUUGAUCUAUCAGGUGACUCUGUCCAUGAAGGACAGCAGCAGCAGCAGGAAACUGCUCGGUCGACUGAUUCCCAGGAGUUAUCUGACCCUCCAGGAAGCUGUGAUGACUGAGAAGCAGCGGCGAGAAUGUGAGGGAGACGUCCAGUAUCUGACCGACACACAGCUGGACCACAUCGUUGAGCAGAACCAGGCCAGUGACAUCAGAGACUAUGAAGACCUUCAGACCGCCAUCAGCUUCCUGAUCGAGACGGGGACGCUGCUGCACUUCCCGGACACCAGCCACGGACUGAGCACCCUCUACUUCCUGUGUCCUGUGUGGCUGUCCGAGUGUCUGGAGAGGAUCGUCCACCUCAAGUCCUCUCGCUCUGUGGCCAGAAACGGACUGAUCCAGACUGAAGACCUGAGGAUGCUGAUGGUAGGGACAGGCUUCACUCAAAAGACUGAAGAACAGUAUUUCCAGUUUUUGGCCAAGUUUGAGAUAGCGCUCCCUGUGGCCAACAGCAGGUACCUGCUGCCUCACCUGCUUCCCUCGAAGCCGGCCAUGGACCUCCACAGUUUCCAUCAGCAGGUCACAAACACCCUCCAGCGCCUUUUCAAGAUGAGUUUUGUUCCUGCCGGGUUCUGGGAGCGCUUCAUCGCCAGGAUGUUGAUCAGCCUCACAGAGAUGGACCUGCAGUCCUUUGAGCCUCAAAGGCCCAGCAGGGGGCAGCGCAGCAGGAACUCUGUGAUCUACAGCUUUGCUGGAACCCAGCAGAGGAGCCGCUGCAGCACCUUCAGAGUCCGACGCAGCCAGACCGUCUACUGGAAGGAGGGGCUACUGGUCACUUUUGACGGAGGUUACCUCAGCGUGGAGUCGUCAGACGUCAACUGGAAGAAGAAGAAGAGCGGAGGAAUAAAAAUCAUGUGUCAGUCAGAGAGCAGAGAUUUCUCUGCCAUGGCCUUCAUCACCGACCACGUCAACGCUCUGAUCGAGCAGUGGUUCCCAGCGCUGACGGCCAGUGAAAGUGACGGGAGUCUCCUUAUCGAGCAGUACGCCCCCUGUCCUCUCUGUGGACAUGGAGCAGGGGUCCAUCUCUUCAACAUGGAGGACUGUGUCCUGGCUGCAGUGGACAAGGAGGACAUCAUUUGUCCUCAGCAUCCCGAGCAGCCGGUCCCGCUGCAGGAGUUGGUCCCAGAACUUUUCAUGACCGACUUCCCUUCACGACUGUUCCUGGACCAGGUCCAGCUGGACUACAGUGAGGAGGAGAACCACAUUCUGGGUCAGGGAGGCAGUGGAACCGUCAUCUACAGAGCUCUGUACAGGAACCAGCCUGUGGCGAUCAAACGCUUCCACUUCAGGAAGUGUCCACAGCAGAACCUCAGCAGAGACACAGACGGCAUGGUGAGACACCUUCAGUCAGCAGAAGCCUGCAGGAGUUUCUCAGAGUUCCGUCAGGAGUCCAGUAUUUUACAUUCACUGCAGCAUCCGUGCAUCGUGUCUCUGGUGGGAAUCAGUGUUCACCCUCUGUGCAUCGCUCUGCAGUUAGCUCCUCUGAACAGCCUGAACACUGUGCUGCAGGACGCACAACAACAACACAACAGCAACAACACAGGCUCCAGGUUCAUGCCCCUGGGUCACAUGCUCACCUUCAGAGUAGCCUAUCAGAUCGCAGCAGGACUGUCUUAUCUUCACAGGAAGAGCAUCAUCUUCUGUGACCUGAAGUCUGACAACAUCCUGGUCUGGUCUCUGCAGGUCAACGAUCCGGUCAACAUCAAACUCUCUGACUAUGGAAUCUCUCGACAAUCUUUCCAUGAGGGGGCGCUGGGUGUCGAGGGAACACCGGGUUACCAGGCCCCCGAAGUCCGACCAGGCAUUGUGUACGAUGAGAAGGUGGACAUGUUCUCUUAUGGGAUGGUUCUGUACGAGCUUCUGUCUGGACAAAGACCAGCGCUGGGUCAGCAUCAGCUUCAGAUCUCCAAGAAGCUGUCCAAGGGUGUGAGACCGGUGCUGGGGAGUCCAGAAGACGUCCAGUUCUUCUGUCUCCACCAGCUCCUCACUGAGUGCUGGGACACCAAACCUGAGAAGCGGCCCGUGGCUCUGCAGUGUGUGAGGCAGAUGCAGGAGCCCAGCUUCUCCUGCCUCAGGUACAUGUUGUCAUGUGACCAACACUCUCAGCUCUUCCUGUCUGAGCUGCAGGGAAACAGCGCCAUCUUCUGGAGCGGAGACAAAGACGACAGGAACUACAGUGUGGUGAACGUGGAGAAGGGUCAGGUGGAGGUGAAGAGGAUGUCGUGUCCAGGCGGCAGAAUCAGCUGUCAGAUGAAGAUGUCCAACACUCUGUGGAUUUCCACCAAGGAACAGGACAUUUUCAUCUACAGUCUGAAGGACAUGUGUCCACUCAGUCGUCCUCAGAGACACUUCUCCUGUCCAGCUGUGGUCACCUGUCUGUUUCCUGUUCCAGCAGCAGAACAGACCCUAGUCAGAGUGUUUGCAGGGAUGUCAGACGGUCUGGUGUCCAUCUUCAGUCUGGUGGACGACCUUCCUGUAGAGGGCGACACUUACCUGUGCUCACACACACUCAACAAAAGUGUGUUUGGUCUGAAGGACUCAGAUCCCAGACAGAGACCCUACCCAGUGAGGACCAUGGUUCUGGUCCACAGAGGCUCUCAGCUGUGGUUGUCUAACGGCCCAGGUGUCCUGGUCAUAGACACUCUCAGUCUUCAGGCCGUGCAGAGGCUGGAACCUUACGAGCCGCCGUCCUGCGUCGUAUCCAUGGCAACCAGCUUCAGUCUGUGGGGGGAGGAGUCUGUCUGGACCAUGGACGACCUCACCAACACGCUGCUGCUCUUCCACGCCUCCUCCUACGACCUCUGUGCCAAGUACUGUUGUGGGGACAGCAAUCCUCUCCGAGACGUCUUCCCUGUACGGCGUCCUGCAGGAGUUACCACGGCAACCGAGACUGACCCGAAGACCACAGACCAGGUGGAGAGUUUGGAAUGUGCUGAUGGAGAGGUGACGGUGAUGUACAGUGAGGAGGCGGGGACUCAGAUCAUCCAGCACCAGGACUCACUGACAGAUUACUGCUCCAUAUCAUCCACCUGCUCGGACCUGGCCUCGUCACACACACACGGCAUCAAACUGCUCCCGCCGUCACACCCGGGUGGACCGGGCGGCGUCCAGGAGCAGCAGGUGUCUAUCAGUCCUGAUCUGGACUCUGCAGGACCUGAGAAAACCACAGAGACUGAGCUACAGGCCUUUAGUGUUCUGCCAGUGAACGGGACUCUGUGGAUCCCCAGACGCGGAGGUGAUGUGAUGGUCAUUGAGGUGCAGUCACAUGGUGAUCAGCUGACGGGGCGUGUUAUCGCUGUCCUCCGCCCACCUCAGUGUUCGUCUUUAGGGGUCCUGCAGGAGGCAGCACUAGUGGCCCACGACACGGUGGUGUGUGGCUUUCAGCAGGAGAACAGCGCGUGGUGCCUGUGUGUCUGGAGAGGCUGGGGCUGCAGCGAGCUGGAACUCUUCUACCAGUCAUACGAGGAGCUGAGCCGUCUGGAGAGCAGCAUGAGGAGAAGGAGGUAGCACAGAGCGGCAGUGUUCACAGCAGGAGGUGCUGACAGGAGCGGGAGGAGGCGCUGCCUCACACUGACCACAGGGGGUUCAAACUGACAAAAACCUCCUGCUCAUCCCUGAGCUUUGUAAUCAUACACACGCACGCGCGAUGGUACGCUCCAUGUGAAGUCAAUCACCGUCACUGUUAGAUUAGACAGCAUGCUGAUCUCAUGCUCAUGUUUUCAUGCGUUCACACUCUCAUGCGUUCACGCUUUCAUAUGUUCAUGCUUUCAUGCAUUUGUUCUUUCAUGUGUUCAUGCAUUUAUGCUUUCAUGCGUUCAUGCUUUCAUGUGUUCAUGCAUUCACUUGUUCUUGCUUUCAUGCGCUCAUGUGUUCAUGCGUUCAUGUUUUCAUCUGUUCAUACUCUCAUGCGUUCAUGCUUUCAUGUGUUCAUGGUUUCAUGCGCUCAUGCAUUCAU